AUGUUUUAAGAGAUUGUAAAUUUAUACUGUAAUAUUAUANUAUUUGGAUUAUUUAAACAUAAUCCUCGUAACAUAAAUCCAUUAUUGGAUCAAUUAAGAGCUCAAAAUGCUUUAAGUUAAAAAGUAUAAUGUUACAAUGUUAAAGGUAAUUUCAAAAAUAAAGUUGUUUAUUUAACUCCCAAUUCUGGAACAUCCUUAAAAAGUGUGAUUAUAUCCAUUCCAAGAGAAAAAGACAAAAGAUCAUCCGUUUUAGAUUAAAAGACUAAUGAUUUAUUUAAAAAGUACUUAUCGAAAGAAAAUAAUAAUCAAAAUAACAAUGGAAUUAAUUUAUAAAUCAACUAAAAUGCUUUACAAAAGGAUUUCAUUUGGUAAAAUGGCAAUCACAUCGAAACUGAAUAAAAGAAAUUGUAAUAUGAUAACCAAUAUGGGUAUUGCUUAGAAAAUCAAUUUAAUGAUCUGCGUGAAAGAUUGAUGUUAGUUCGUAAGAAUAUUUACAAAGAAAUGACCAAUGAUGCUUCAAAUUAAAUCAUUAAUAUCGAUUUGGUAUUAUCAACUGAUGACAUUGAAGAAUUGUGCAAAAAGCUUCCAACCACUAUGAGCGAAUUAAAUGACCCAUUCAUUUGCAUAGCCUAAGAAAUUAAAAAAUUGCAAUAUAUGAAACACUUUAUUGAAGAAGUUGCUCACUUUGUUGAUAUCGAAGAAAUCAAUAAACUAUUAUUUGAAAAACGUACACAUUUUACUUAUUCUAGCCAAACAAAUCGAAACUCAGGUUGACUAAGUUUUUGAAUUUUAGAAGCACAUCAGAUAGGAAGAGGAUGUUGUUGACAUUACUAACUAAGAGUUUAUAGGUAAAUUAUCAAUUUUUAAUUUUAGCCAAAUAAAAAGAGAUAGAAGAAUUAUUAGUAAAUGGUUAAGAGCAUGAUGAUUACUUAGAUGAAGUACUCUAUUAAUUUAAUUUAGCUCUUAAACCUAAUUGAGGAAGAUGAAAAAAAAAAAUCUCCUGAUAUUGUUAUCAUCGAUGAUGACAUAAGUUAAAAUGAUUUUGCUUUAAACAAAAAACCACAAAUGUAGCAGGUUUCCACUUUUGAACCUAUUUAAUCACAUCAACUUUCAUAGGAUUUAAAAUAAUCUGAUAAAAGUGAAAAUAAUUAACAAUCAAAAAAGCUAAAAAUAAAUCUAAAAAGAUCCUUUUUAUGA